CGCGCUAGAGCCUGCUAGCCGCAUUGCGAGCCGGGCAAGGAGCAAGCGCCAUGGUUCUGCUACACGUGCUGUUCGAGCACGCGGUCGGCUACGCGCUGCUGGCGCUGAAGGAAGUGGAGGAGAUCAGUCUUUUACUGCCGCAGGUGGAGGAGUGUGUGCUCAGCCUGGGGAAGUUCCACAACAUUGUCCGUCUUGUGGCCUUUAAUCCCUUUUCCUCAUCCCAGGUUGCCUUGGAAAAUGCCAAUGCAGUGUCUGAAGGCAUUGUUCAUGAGGACCUCCGCCUGCUCCUGGAGACACACCUGCCAUCCAAAAAGAAGAAAGUGCUUUUGGGGGUUGGGGACCCCAAGAUUGGUGCUGCUAUACAGGAGGAAUUAGGGUACAACUGCCAGACUGGAGGCGUGGUAGCUGAGAUCCUUCGAGGAGUUCGUCUGCACUUCCAUAAUCUGGUGAAGGGUCUGACUGACCUGUCCGCUUGUAAAGCCCAGCUAGGACUGGGACACAGCUACUCUCGUGCCAAAGUUAAGUUUAAUGUGAACCGGGUGGACAACAUGAUCAUUCAGUCCAUUAGCCUUCUGGACCAACUGGAUAAAGACAUCAAUACUUUCUCUAUGCGUGUCAGGGAGUGGUACGGGUAUCACUUUCCAGAACUCGUGAAGAUCGUCAAUGACAAUGCCACAUACUGCCGCCUUGCCCAAUUCAUUGGAAACCGAAAAGAACUGAAUGAGGAAAAACUGGAGAAGCUGGAGGAGCUGACAAUGGAUGGGGCCAAAGCUAAAGCUAUUCUGGAUGCCUCGCGGUCCUCCAUGGGCAUGGACAUAUCUGCCAUCGACUUGAUAAACAUCGAGAGCUUCUCCAGUCGUGUGGUGUCUUUGUCAGAGUACCGCCAGAGCCUACACACUUACCUGCGCUCCAAGAUGAGCCAAGUAGCCCCCAGCCUGUCAGCCCUAAUUGGGGAAGCGGUUGGUGCACGUCUCAUUGCUCAUGCUGGCAGUCUCACCAACCUGGCCAAGUAUCCAGCAUCCACAGUGCAGAUCCUUGGGGCUGAAAAGGCCCUGUUCAGAGCCCUGAAGACAAGGGGUAACACACCAAAAUAUGGACUCAUUUUCCACUCUACCUUCAUUGGCCGAGCAGCAGCCAAGAACAAAGGCCGCAUCUCCCGAUACCUGGCAAACAAAUGCAGUAUUGCCUCACGAAUCGAUUGCUUCUCUGAGAUUCCCACAAGUGUAUUUGGGGAGAAGCUUCGAGAACAAGUUGAGGAGCGACUGUCCUUCUAUGAGACUGGAGAGAUUCCACGGAAGAAUCUGGAUGUCAUGAAGGAAGCAAUGGUUCAGGCAGAGGAAGCGGCUGCUGAGAUUACCAGGAAAUUGGAGAAACAGGAGAAGAAACGCUUAAAGAAGGAAAAGAAGCGAUUGGCUGCACUUGCCCUGGCAUCUUCAGGAAAUAGCAGUAGCACUCCAGAGGAGUGUGAGGAGACGAAUGAAAAACCCAAAAAGAAGAAAAAACAAAAGCCCCAGGAGGCUCCUCAGGAGAAUGGAAUGGAAGAGCCAUCUGUCUCUUUCACCAAACCCAAGAAAAAGAGAUCUUUUUCCAAGGAGGAAUUGGUUAGUAGUGAUCUUGAAGAGACAGCUGGUGGCAGCACAAGUCUUCCUAAGAGGAAGAAGUCUUCACCCAAGGAAGAAAUAGCUAGCGAGCCUGAAGAGACAGGCAGCAGGAGUGUCCCCAAGAAAAAGAGAAGGAGAUUUUCUUCCAAGGAAGAGCCAGUCAGCAGCGGACCUGAAGAGGCUGCUGGCAGCAAAGGGAGCACCAAGAAAAAGAAAAAACUGCAAAAAGCAUCACAGGAAGAUUAGAACGGACAUUCCUUGGGGGGCAGGGGCAUACCCCAAGGUGACUUCCCACUCCAGCUCCCAAACCCCAAUAAAAAACAAAUUCACAA